AUGGCAUCCUCAUCACCCUCAGCGCCUCCUCGGCCAACCAUGGCUAGUCCAGCGCUUUCUUCUACCUCCGUCCCGACCAACCUUGAUGCGAACCAACCACACCAAAGUCAUCACCAGCCUCAUCUUCGCGCACGCCUUCACGCACUUCUCCAGCAUACCGAAUCACACUCCGGCUCAAGUCCUGCUCUAUCUCCUACUUCCGAAACCGGGAGCCACCAUCCCACCAAUCCGGAUGCCUUCUCCAGCUCGACAUCGCUCAAUAGUGCCGAUCAUGCUUCACCGUCUUCUCAGAAAUCGAACAGCUCGCCGCUGAAAUGCAAAGCAUCUAAGGGUGCUAUCAGUGUUUUGCAAAACACGACUCAGCCCUCUCCGUCUGCUUCGACAUCGAAGGCUGCUCUUGCUACUUCGCCUCCGCUAAAGCUAGCAGCACUGCCUCGCUCCCUCACUACCUCCAAUCUUGAUCGUGUUGGUGCACGCAGCCCGCGCUCCGGUUCACAUUCUUCGGGCCCAUCCCGUGCUUCGAGUCUCGAUCCAUCCCGUUUCUCGGCCGAUCGAAACGCUCAACCAUCAACUGCUGCAGCACAGGAACGACAAGACGAGUCUCCGAUCAAGCAGAAGCGACAGCGCCCUUCCAUCAAGGUGCGCAUUAUCACCUGGAACAUGCACGACAGCGUGCCCAAAGGUGAUCUUGAGGUCCUCCUUGGCAAAGCAGGUCAAUACGUUCCACCAGACCCAGACUGGGACGUUAGCUACGACAGCGCGGAAGAGGAAUCCGAUACAGAUGGACAACAGAAACCGCGCAAAGGUGCACAUGUCGUCGGCCAAGAGGAUGUGCCAAGAGCCGAUCGUAUUCCUCCACUCCCGCAUGACGACUCGCAUCCGUAUCAUCUUCUUGCCAUUGCCGGCCAAGAGUGUCCAUGGGGAGAUGGAAAGCGCUUAGCAACCUCCGUCGGUAUGGCUGGAGAGCUCGGUGACUUUGGGAAGCAGAAAAAUCGUGCAGUCAAAGACAAGGACAAGGACAAGGAGAAGGAGAAGGAGAAGGAUGCGAGCAAGGACAAGGACAGGGACAAGCCGUCCAGAGCCAAGGAAAAGCAACGGUCCGGCGACAGUGACUCUCUGCCUAGCGCUGCGGCAGAUGAUAGUAAGACAACGCACUCCACCGUCGAUGAGACUCCUGCCAGGGGAGGCGCUAACCUCCCAUCGGACGGCAACAGCUUCCCCUUUCUCUCUGGCCCGUUCUCGAUGGCGCUCCCCGGUCAGCCUCUAACAUCGCCCUGGAUUGGUGGCAGCUCCAUGCCAGGCUUCAGCACACCCCUCAAUGAAGCCGGUACUGAUGAUAAGUCAGCUGUCUGGCCAAACAUUGGUGGCAAGGGCUGGAGCGACCUCUGCGAAGAUUGGCUCGUUCGCAACCAGACCGCAAAGAAGGACAAAGAUCACAAGGAGAAGUCAUUCAUCAGUGGCGCUCGUCUUGCCCGUGCUCUUUCGCAAUCGACCGCCAAGAAAGACUUUGCACUCUCGAAAGGGUCACUCACAGACCAUCACCACAACACGCCAAUGCAGUCCAUGUCUGCUGGCGUUACUCCCGAGCUUUCGCGUGCAGCGAGUCCCAUCGGCAUUCCCAUGAGCGCCAGUGUUCCAGGCACGCCCAAUCAGAGCACCUUUGAGGGGUUCAAUGCGUUCCUUGACGCUCCGAGUCAGUUUCCUGCGGAUCCAUCUGCCAGUUCGGCAAGUGCCGAAAAGCGCAAGCGCCUUGUCCCUAAGCUCAACCUGAAUCCUAUCGAGCUCGUCAAGAAGUCGGCAGCGACAGGUCGCUCUAGCCCUGCAACAUUCACUGAUGCCGAAUGCGUCGCCUCUCCUGUCCUCCUCUCACCCACGGCUCUUCAGCCUAAGAGCGGCCAUCAACUCUUCCAAGUCACACAAGCUCCCGCACCGGCAGCGUCACACGCACAAUCUAGUGACCAUGCCGGCUUGCCGGCUUCCACCAGCGCCGGAGGCUUACUUGCGGUUCCGGGUACACCAGCUAUGAGCCGUAUGAGCUCAUCUCACAGUCUAUACAAGCUCGCAAGUGCUGCCGAUCCGACCUCUCCGUCCGUCUCUCCUGCGGCAACCGAAGUCCAUGUUGAACCGCCAACUCCGUCUCGCACUCCUUCGCCUUACCCAAGCACGGCCAACGGCAGUGGAAUACCGCGGGACUCAGCCUCUCCUGCUCCUCCGGGCGUGGCAAGCAUCAGCCACGAGGCAGCGGGCGCCAAUUCAAAAGGCGAUGAGAGAGCAUUUGCCGAUGCCAUCCCUAAGGCUCUUGGACCUUACGAGCUCGUCAUCAAGGAGCGUAUGAUGGGUUGCUACAUGGCUGUCUACGUCUGGCGCGGCUGCAAGGAUCGAGUGCGGGGUGCAUCUCGAUCGCAUGUCAAGUCAGGUUUGCUAGCUGGUCGUGUUGGUAACAAGGGCGGUGUCGGCAUCUCGCUCAAGCUCGGCACCACCAGACUUCUCUUCGUAAACGCACAUCUUGCAGCGCACGAGGACAAGGUUGCUCUCCGACUUGCAAAUGUCGCCAAGGUCAAGGCAGCGCUCAAAGUCGACUCCUUCCUGGAUUCCAGUGACCCACGGUCUCGACUUGAGGACAUCACUGAGCAGUUCGAUCACACCUUUUGGUUCGGCGAUCUCAAUUUCCGCAUCGACAUUUCGCGUCAGCAUGCUGACUGGUUGAUGAUGAACAAGAAAUACGACCAGGCACUUGCUUUCGACCAGCUUGGUAAGGUGCUCAAAGAAGGUGACGCUUUCAAAGGCUUCAAAGAAGCUCCUAUCAACUUUCCGCCCACCUACAAGUACGACGUACUCAAGACGCUCAAGAUCAAGAGGAACAAGACGUUGACAUCGAUACGGAACGCUGUGGAUAUCCCUGACGCCAACAUAACUGGAGCUGGUAGUUCGAGCAGGCCUGCCACGGCUGACUUGGGUACCACACCUCUUGGCGAAAGUGUCAUACCAGAAGAAGGCGCAGUCAGCUUCGAUGCGCAAGCCGGAGAUGCCAACAUGUCAUACAUAGGGCCAACCGAGCUGGAUGUCGAGGACGUGUCCGCACGUAGCGAAGCAGCGCACGGCAUUUCGCCAAACACAGUGGAUAGCAAGGUGGAGUCUAGCGAAGGGCAGGAUGCUGAUCGUUCGGAUGAGGAUCGCUUUUCGAUCUCUUCAUCCUCCGCAUUCGGUUCGGUCACCUCUUCCUCUGGCCUUGCCAACAACUUCCAUCAGACGCAAGAGGCUCGUCUAUCGCAAGGUGUCGACCCAGCAUUUGUACGCGAGCGCGAGAUCGAACUUCAACGUCAGCGUCAGCUCGCAGAAAACACGAGUGCUGCACAAGGUCCGCGCUUCUUCUCGCAAGGUGCUGCCAUCAAAGCCAAGAUCAAGAUCAUGGAGAUGGUCCGCAGUGCCACCAAUUCGAACCUCAAGGACAAGCUGGGAAACGUUGUGUCAUCGGGCAACCAGCAUGGUGGCGGCAAGAAGAAGUGGCUCAACGUUCUGACUGACUCGCCGAGGAAGGCAAUGAUGCCAGCUUCCUUCUCGAGCGACAACAACUCAAUUGUCGAGUCGGUCAGCUCGAUGCCAUCUUCUGCUGUCGAGUUCUCCUCGUCCACGCUGUACACUGACGAGCAUUCUUUCACGACAGGAGGUCGGAGAGGCAGUCUUUUGUCGAACGACGGCGCUCUCAGUAGUGUUGAUCACGGCGAGACGGCAGGCUUCAGAAGCGGAUGGAGCAUGGAUGGUCAUACCUCAUCCAUUGAUCAUGAGAACGGUAGCAAUGCUUCAGCGCCCGUGCUUGCAGGACCUCGUCGAUCCUCCUUGCAGUUCGCCAAAGCAACCGCUCUUGCAGCUGCAAAAGCACAGAGAGAGGCCAAGUACCCACACUUGACGGGAGCCACGGCGGAGCAGAUCGACUUUCUUGAAGCGCAACCCUACGAUACAAGUGCCAAGCAGAGGGUGCCGUCGUGGUGCGAUCGAGUCUUGUUCCGUUCUACAGUGCCAGUCGACCCUGAGGAUGACGAUGACAGCGAUCAGGCCAAGAUCGGCAAGGCUGAAACCCACGAGACCGGUCUAGGCUCCAGAGUGGGUAGCGCUCUCUCGAAUGCGCUCAUCACGCCGCUACGUCACGCAGCAGAGCGUCGUCACAACAUGCAGGCGCAACGAAGUACUUCAAGUGGCCUUAUCGCAGCCGUUGCAGGCAGCUCUAGCAUCGCUUUUGCGUCAGAACAAUCAAUGGUACCAGAGGCAAGCUUGGUUGACCCAGUCACACGCAAAGGCAGCACGCUUAGACGCGAGAGGUCCAACACCACCACAGCAGCUCCUGUGCCACCAGCGUCGUCGAGCCCUAGGGCAGAGACCCGAACACUAGCUGGUGUCGAACGCACUCGUGCACCUCAUCUUCUGCAGCGAUUCUUGCAUCCCAGUCGCCACCGCCAUCACGCCAAGGCUCUUAGCCCAAGUCUCACCUUCUCGGAUCUCACUCAUGAGCCGAACAAGGAUAACAGCUGGGCCAUCAAGAAUGGUAGCAUGGAUGUGCUUCCCACUUCGGCAAGUCUCGGAUUGGGACUCGGUACAGGUUUAGGCUUAGCCGGGCUGGAGAACAAAGCCAUCAGCACAGUCGAUCUUCCGAGUCAAGUUGAAGAGAGAGACAACAGGUUCGAUGGCGCAGCGAAGAAGCUUACUGCCUCCCCCGUAGUAGGCGAAGUUCAGGCUCGUGUGGUCAUCCCGCCACGCCAAUCUUCCGCCGCUUCAUCACCCGUCAAGCCGAACAACGAGCCAAAGCCUCCGAUUCGCUCCGCUUCCUUCGCAGCUGCAUUGCACAGUAACGGCGCUAGCCCGCUUCCCACUCCACCGUUACCGUCUAGAUCAAUUCCGGCUUUACCUGCCGGUCCUCGUCGCACGUUCUCCUCGCACUCGGCCCACAACCCUCAGCCCAUCACAGACAAGGUUGGGUGGAUGGAUAGCCUUUCCCACCACCUACCAUCUUUCUUUGCUCCUGCCAUCUCUGCUCUGCGCUCCCAUCGUCAUGCUUCGAUCGUCGGCGCUCAUCUUGAGGCAGAGAAGAAAGACGAAGCGGAGAAGGAAGAAGAAGAGAUUGUGGGUCCAAAGAAAGGCAGGAUUGAGUGUCUGCUGUACAAGAGCUUGGACGAUAGAGAGAUGAGGAUUCUGGAAGGUAGAUCUGAUCAUCGGCCGGUCAUUUUUGUUGGUGCUAUCGGCAUCUGA